GUUAUUCCUCGCUGACUGGAAGCAUGGGACGGCGGUCCGAGAGCUGAGCCAGACAAGCUGAGGACAGGGACGAAAGCAGCGCAGCUCGAGUCACCUAAGGCCGCACCACCACCACCUCCACCUCCACCAUCACCCCACCUUCAUCAACAUCCACAGUGUGCGUGGCAUUUUUUUUUCUUUUUCGUGGAGGUAAGGGGCGACAUCGGGCUGAGUCCGGAUCAGCCCAUGCAGGAGGAUGGAGAUAGAGAAGAGGACGAAUGGGUUCGACUACCCGGAGAGAAACAACGCCAAGUCCGUAAACGGUUUUUACAGUGACCACCCGCUGGAGUCCGAACACAACGACAGCAUGGAUGCAAUCAAUGAAAGUAGUCUAGAUGAUCCAGCUGACCAGCGAACUUGCCUUAUCUGUGGAGAUCGUGCAACAGGCCUGCACUAUGGCAUUAUAUCUUGUGAAGGCUGCAAGGGCUUCUUCAAGCGCAGCAUCUGCAAUAAGCGGGUGUACCGCUGCAGCCGUGACAAGAACUGCGAGAUGUCACGCAAGCAGCGCAACCGCUGCCAGUACUGCCGCCUGCUCAAGUGUCUGCAGAUGGGGAUGAACCGCAAAGCAAUCAGGGAGGAUGGCAUGCCAGGAGGGAGGAACAAAAGCAUCGGGCCUGUACAGAUCACAGAGGAGGAGAUUGAGCGGAUCAUGUCGGGGCAGGAGUUCAAGGAAGAUGCCCCUGAGCACACCUGGGGCAACAAUGGCGACAGUGACCACAGCUCUCCCAGCAACGGAGCCUCAGAGGGCAACCAGCCGUCACCCGCCUCUACUCUGUCAUCCAAUCGCUCCGUAGAAAUGAACGGCUACACAGCAGCCCUCAGGGACCAGUACAUCAACACUUCCAUGUCCACACACUACCAGCUCCUGCCUCACCUCUUCAGCUAUGCCGCCCAGUCUGGCCUGCUGGCCCCUCAGCCCCGCAGCCUGUACCCGCAGUCCCACCCUCUGGUGCUGCAGCUGGUGGCUGCUGAAGACCUGGCCCCUCUGGCUACUCCCAUGCUUAUAGAGGACGGGUACAAGGUGACACAGGUGGAGCUGUUCGCCCUGCUGUGUCGCCUGGCGGACGAGCUGCUCUUCCGCCAAAUCUCCUGGAUCAAGAAGCUGCCCUUCUUCUGCGAGCUCUCCAUCGAAGACUACACCUGCCUGCUCAGCUCCACCUGGCAGGAGCUCAUCCUGCUCUCCUGCCUCACCAUCUACAGCGCCCAGAUAUUCGGCGACCUGGCUGACGUCACCGCCAAGUACACGCCGUCUGACGACGAGCUGCAGGGCUUCAGCGAGGAUGGGAUGGAAGUGAUGGAGAGGCUGAUAUAUCUGUUUCGCAAGUUCCACCAGCUGAAGAUCAGCAAUGAGGAAUACGCGUGUAUGAAAGCCAUCAACUUCCUCAACCAAGAUAUCAGAGGACUGUCCAACAUCUCCCAGCUUGAGCAGCUGAACAAGCGCUACUGGUAUGUGUGUCAGGACUACGCUGAGUACAAGUACCCGCAUCAGCCUAAACGCUUCCCUGAGAUCAUGAUGUGUCUGCCGGAGAUACGCUGCAUUGCCGGGAAGUUGGUGAAUGUACCUUUAGAGCAGCUCCCUCUCUUGUUCAAAGCAGUAUUGCACUCCUGCAAAUCCAGCCUGACCAGCUACAGGACCGGCCCAUCGCCCUGCGUGACCGCCUCCUCCGGAAACUAAACCCUCCCCGGCCGCCCGAGUCGAGGGACUGGUCCCCCCUCUUGUGAAUGUGACAAGCAGCUAGUUUGUUUCUUUUUGUAACUUUUUUCUUUAUAUAUUUAUUACACGACAGAGCUGAAUGUAUGCUGAUUUACACUGUGCACAUGCUUCUGUACAAAACAAAUGCUCGUAGAUGCAUUGGUCUUUGGAGUUUACAAGUGUGUAUCCAGUUUGCUCAAUGUGUCAGUGUUGCCAUUGUUAGAGCUAGACUUUAAAAGAGUUUAUUUUAUUCAGACGGGGCGGCUAGACACACGUGUUUUGAGACUACGUGAGUGUUUUGAGACUACCUCAGGAAGAUGUUGUUGCUAUUUUCAGGUACCUUUUCUUGCUGUUAAAUGAAGAGUUGCCCAGUCGAAAACCAAAUCCAUGUGGAUGCUUUGGCACCUCAAUCAGAGACUGAAUGUUGGAAGGAGCUGCAUAAAUCAGGUUUUGAAAAACUGUGUUUUGUUACACUGAAAAUGCAAAAUUUAUUAUUGAAAUUGAGCUUCUUUAUCUGCAUAGACUCCCAGACAUCCUGCUUAUGGGAGGCGGUCUUGUCAAUUUAACAUUCCAUGAGUUAAGGUGACAGUUAUUGGAUCUGUGGGAUUAUUGAAAAAGGAGCAUACGGGUAUUUUCUACAAUCAUAGACUGGGGAUGUAUGGCUUUAUUGCAGGGGAAGGGGAGGAUAGCUAGGUUUGCUGUUUUUUUUUGUUUUAUUGUUUUUCUUUCUUGACCAAAGUGUUAUGCAAUGCUUUUUUUCAAAUGCCCAUUGAUGGGUAGGGAGCUGAUAGCUCAGCAAAAAAAAAAAAAUCUUUCUUAUCAAUGAAGGAUCAGGAUAAGAAAUGAAUCACUCUGUCAGAGGGGGGAUCCUCUGCUGAACAGACAAGUAUGUUGCCAGAUUUCAUUCUAAAUGCUGCUAAACAUGCGUCCAUUCUAGUGCGCAUAUAUGUGCAUAGAGCAGACGUGAUGCUUCUCGUCAGUGCUGGCUGCGUGAGGGUAAAGUGGCAGUCCGUGGAAUCUUGCGUUUUUGUCAGACAAGCCGAACAUAGAAAAUGCACGAGCUUCACAUGUCAAAACAAGAUACGCUGCACCCACUAGGACCCAACUGAACCAAGUUGUGGUUCAAUGCCCCAGUUCAAUGAAAUCUGGUGUGCUAGCUUCUGACAUGCUUAGUCUCAAACCGAUCAACUUUGGAGUACGUUGGACUGUUUCUGGGUCUUGUUAAGUCCAAUCAAAACAAUGCACAGACCCAAGGCCACCCAAGGAUACGCAUCCAAUGGACACUAGAAAGUGUGACUCCAGUACUUGGUUCAGGUCUGGUCCUCAGGUUUUUAGUGGGCGAGCUCGGCCCAAAGACCGACAAGUUAAAUUUCUUCAUAAAGAAGGGACUUCAUGUUCCUCCUCUUGCAGACUGUCACUUUACCCCGGCUACAGAAGGACUCUGGCCACGUCUCAAUGAAAUCAGGCGAGUUUUAGGGGAUUUAGGUGAUCUGGCUUGCGUACCCUCUGUGAUAGAUAUGCACAUGUUUUAAAAAGAAUAGCCAUAGAAAAUGGUCUUUAUUUUUGAAGUAUGAAAUGAUAAUUACAGGCCGCUUGAAGUGUGUUCUCUGAUCCCUCAAGUUUUUAACCGUUUCAUGAUGUACGAACAAUUUGAAAUGCAGACAAAAUGCAGUCCUCGCAACGACUCUCUUUUUUGCACACGACGGUGAGGUUUGGAGACCUUGACCCUUGACCGUGGCCACUGCCCACCCAGUGUGUUCCUCUCAGGUCCCUGCCGACCUGGAUCUAAACAGGGUAAAGUGAGUGUUAUGUAUUGCAUUCAGGAGUUCCUCAGUGACCAUGCUGAUGUACUUGUAGUAUUAGUAGAUAUAGGUUCCAGGACAUCGUAGGUCCUCUUGUAGAAAAGUGUUUCUUUUUCUUCUCCACUUUAUUUCCCUGAAGAUCCCCAUCCACAUCUUCAUUCAGUGAAAGUGGAUGUAGUUUGAAGGUGAGGUGCACAGGGUGGAUUUUUUUCUCUCUCUCUUGGCAUUGGGGAUGGGCGAAACAAGAGGCAGUGGCAUCUUGAGAAUGUCAUGGCCUGUCUCUCUUUGUUCCCAUCCACCUCUCUGUGUGCAGCCUUAACAACACCACCAGUCCAAUGCAGCGUUCCUCUUUCAAAUGCUUCAGUUAGCCUUUUUUUUCAUCUUUUGAUUUUUUAAAUACAUUUUCAUGUACCUUUGUAGUUAUCUUGAAUGUUUUGGGUUUUUGUUGUUUUUUCGCAUAUUCACUGUCCUUUUUUGGGGGGAGUGAAGACAACCCCCAUCAUUUUCUAAACUUUGAAUUUUUAACUUUUAUUUUUGGGCAUAAACUCAUUCCCUUGUCCACAGCUUGUGAUUUGUCGAAGAAAGUAUUACUCAGACGAUGUCAGCCAUGUUUUAAAUGGGUAAUACUGACAUCUUGGAGCUUUUCAUGUAUUCUCUGAAUUGUUUCUUUUCAUUUCAGUUGUGUAGCCGUCGGUCUAAAUUUUCAGUUCAGACAUAUUGGGGAAAAAUACAAAGCUUUUUCUAGCAACCGAAAUGAAGAUCAGGACAUUAAACUGCCUCUUGUGGUUUAAGCCAUGUUGAUCUCAUCAGCUCUUUCUCUUGAUGUACAUGAAUGCUGAAGAUUUUUCACUGACAUUGUGUGCAGAGAAGUGUCCAAACACACAAAAUCAAAAUGUUUAAUCUCCAUAGCCACAUACCUUUAGACCCCAUAAUCUCAGGAACAGAGAACAGUCGUCUCAGCAUUUUUUUAAUGAAAAAAUCUCAUUAGAUUUGAUGCUUUACCGCUGCCAUGAUACCGUUGCAAAAAAACAAAAAAAAACAUGUAAGCUGUCAGGUUUUGGUGUCUGAUCUUUAACAGUCCUCCUGUACAGAAACACUGUGGAAAAUGUAGGCUACUAGAGAAAUGUUCAGGGUGGCCGACAACAAAGUCAGGGCAGGAAUGCAUUGAACAUCACACACUGUGGAGAUCUGACAGUGGAAGAGGAUCAGAAGGGGGAUGUAGUUUUUUUCCCCUCUAAUGUUGCAGAAAAUAAUAUCUGCUAAUCAACAACAAAUAAAGCCUCACUAUGGCCUGCUUACUGCCACGCUCACACUUCCUGUCAUUUUAUUUUUUAAAAAUACACAUGCGCGGAAGAAAGUGUUUUCCAUUUUAUUUCCUGUAUUUGUAUUUUUGAUUUUAUUUUUGCAGACAAGGGAUAUGUCAUAUGCAAUUUCUGUACUGAAACUACCUCUUUAUUUGUCAUCAUGUUGCUUACUUACAAAAAAAAUGUCUUAUUUAUUGGUUGCAUUGCACCAAUGUUCUGUUAUUUUGUGUCUCUUGUUUCACUCAGAUUUAUAUGAAGCGCUGAUACUUGUUUUUUUCUUUCUCUUUAUUUUUAAAUGCAUAAACAUGUUGCCUCAUAUUCCUCUCUACCUCAGACACUCCCGCUUGCCGUCAGUAACUUUCAUUUUCCUGAACACCAAACGCUAUCUCGUUACUCUUCCUCUUUCUUUCUUCUUUUUUUUUUAUCAUUUGCUUCAUUUCACGUUAAAUUAGCGUCAUCUUAUAUUUCACUCCUGCUCUGUUAUCAUGACUCCAAUACCAAAGAUGAAAGAAUGUCAAUGACAAUGUCAGUGUACUGAUUAAGCAUUCACGCGAUGCAUUCUCAUUGCAGUUAACCAGUGCUUUAUUUUUCAGUGUUAACUGUAUCGGAAAACGUCUUGUUAUCUUGUGAAUGGCUGUUUGCUGUGUACGCUGUACUCACCACCAUCAUGAUAUGCAAGUGUGUUUGACAGAGAGAGUGUGUGUGUGUGUGUGCGUGUGUGUUUUCUCAUUGUGCUCCGUGAUUGCUGUUCAUUAAUUGAGGCAGUUCGAGGUGGCAUGAGUUGGGAACAGCGAGAACUCUGUCAUAUCUAACUCUGCCGGUGCUGCUCGUGAUCGAUUGAUAAUCGAAGAAUGUAGCCAUGGUCAAACUGACAUCUCCCCCGUGUUUGCAUGCUUUUGCUCGCGUGUGUGACCCUGACACUGUGGCACGCGACCACAGACAGAUUGCUGCCAUGUUAUCACUGGGGUUGGACUCAUGAUACAGAACGUGAUGACACCCGACAACCGGGUGCUCUUAAGUGUGAUAGUGCCCACUUAAUCCUGGGUUGAAGCUGCAUUCUGCUUGGGAUACCUUUUACACUCUUUGCAGAGAUCUAGAUCCACUUAUUUGGAAGGGAUAUAAAAUGAAUCUAAAGUUUUCCCUUUUUUUUUAAAUCUACUUUGCGGUUUUAAAAAACAUUGGCUGGCCGCAACAGGCAUUUAUGAUGCUUUGAAGUUUCCCUUGAAGUUUCCCUGUUGCAGUCCUUGAAUUGAGUCCAUUAAUGGAAUGUGUUGAAAUCAUUAGGAAUAACUGAAAUGUUUCCAAAAAACAAAAAAAAAAAAGCGGUGAGGUGGGAAAAGGCUGGAUUUGAAGGUUUUGCACAGUUUAUUGCAGCGGUAGUAAGAGAGAAACCACCAGACACUCAUUUCAUGGCCGGUAUAGGGAAACCAUCAUGUGUCCAACCGUAGUGCUGUAACACUGUCAGAAGCCUGUGGUGCAGGAGUGCAAAAUGAGAGGAGUUUGGAGGAUACAAGAGUAAAAAAUAAAUGGUGACAUAUCUCAGGGAUGAAAUAGAAUUACACACUGUCAUCAGACAACUGAAAUGCCUUUAUGUUUUUUUUUUUCUUCAGAAAUCUCUUGUCUGCUCUUGUUUACUUUAACUACCUGUGAAGAAUGUGAUCCAUUACGUGUUAAAAGCAUGUUUAGAAUGUGUUAGGACUUGAAACCAAAUAAAUGUGAACGUUAUGCAAGUGUA